AUGACCGACGCUGGCGGCGAGGCAGGUGGCAGCAGCGGGGCGGUAACUGCUUUAGAUGGACCCCAGGUGGAGCUGGCGUUCAAGUGGAACAAGAAGGGGAUCUUGAUUCAUGUGGAUGCCGACGAGUCGGUGCAGGGCAUCAAGCGCAAGCUGGAAGCCGCCACCAGCGUGUCGGAGAAGAGGAUGAAGCUGCUGGGGCUGAAGGCCCGCAGCGGCAAGCCUGCGGGCGAUGCCGACAUCGUGGCAGACCUGGUGCUGAAGCCGGGCGCCAAGCUGCUGAUGAUGGGGACCGCGGACGAGGAGAUCGCGAAGCUGAAUGCCGGCGCCGAGGUGGCGCCUCACGAGGAUGGCAUGGCGGAGAUCGACCUGGUGGACCGGCCCGAGGUGCAGGAGAAGCUGCGCCGCCGCAUUGACAGCUGCAGCGUCAAGGUGCUGAACCCGCCCCGUGCGGGCAAGAAGGUGCUGGUGCUCGACAUUGACUACACGCUGUUUGACCUCAACUCCUCUGCGGAGCGUCCCGAAGAGCUGGCCCGCCCCUUCCUGCACCAGUUCUUGUCCGCCGCCUGGGUGGACUACGACAUAGUGAUCUGGAGCGCCACCUCCAUGAAGUGGGUGGAGGUGAAGAUGCGGGAGCUGGGGGUCAGCACGCACCCAGACUACAAGCUGACAUGCAUGUUGGACCACCGGGCUAUGCUGACGGUGCAGCACCCCAAGUAUGGGCUGUUUGACUGCAAGCCGCUGCAGUUCCUGUGGGCCAAGUUCCCGGAGCACUAUGGGGCCCACAACACCAUCAUGAUGGACGACCUGAGGCGCAACUAUGUGCUGAACAAGCAGAACGGGCUGGUGAUCCGGCCCUUCAAGAAGGCGCACCUCACCAGGGCCACGGACCGCGAGCUGCUCUACCUCACCGCCUACCUGCAGAAGAUUGCGGCCCUGGACAGCCUGGCAGGGCUCAACCACAGGCACUGGGAGAGCUACGCCAAGGCAGAGAUCCGGCAGCUGCGGCGAGCGCUGGAGGCGCAGCAGCAGGCCGAGCAGCAGCAGCAGCAGCAGCAGCAGGAGGGCGGCAGCUGA